AUGUCAGCCACACAUAGUAGCCUAGAUGCUGCUGCCACCGACAGAAAGGCUCGCUUGGCGAAACUCGCAUCUCUGAAGCGGAAGCAGCCUGGCUCCCAUUCUACAGUUUCAAGCCUACAAGCGGACACCGAAGAAGGAGACAAGGAAACACUGCCUCCAUCUACAACCGACCAAUAUCUCUCAGGCCGAAACUACGAUGUGACAACAAAAAACGCCAAACUUGGAUUCGAGAAUGCCCCCACCAGUGGUGACGUCGAGACCCUCGAAGAGCAGGCCGGUCGCAUCCUCGCAUCUACUGCAGAGCAAGCAGCCAAAGAUGAGCUGGAAGCAGAGAAGGGUAUUGACCUGUUCAAGCUGCAGCCGAGGAAGCCAAAUUGGGACUUGAAAAGGGACUUGGCGGAGAAGAUGAAGAUUCUGGACGUGCGGACACAAAACGCUAUUGCGCGUCUGGUGAGAGAACGAGUCGAAAACGCGAAGAAACAAGCUCUCGAAAAGAAGGCCGUUCAAACGCACCCUACAGCAGAGAAGGAAGAGGAAGGAGAGGAGGUGGGUAUUGAAGGCAAUACGCUCGUCGAGAGCAUACAUUUGCGGGAACAGGAGGAGGAGAGAGAGGCUGCCCUCCAGAACGAAGAAGAUGGCAUUUCAUGA